GGAACUGCGCCGCUGCGGGUCUCAGGUACCUGUGAGUGGGGUUGGUACUUGGGUUGGGUAUUCAGUAGUGGAGGGACCGUGCAGGUGGCAGCAGGCAAAAAAUACGAUGGCGACAGUACGUCAAGACGAACUUAAUGUCGUUGAACAAUGUGUAAUUGACCUGUACAACGUUGGGGUGGUCAAGUUUGGGAGCUUUACCCUGAAGAGUGGCAUGCUGUCUCCUGUCUACUUUGACCUACGGAUUAUAAUCUCCUUUCCCAAACUUAUGGAGACAGUAGCAGAAGUGAUGUGGGCCAAACGACCUGGAAAUCAAUACAAAUUAGUGUGUGGAGUUGCAUACACAGGCUUGCCUAUUGCUACAGUCAUAUCCACCAAACAGGGUGUUCCUAUGCUGAUUCGGCGUAAAGAAAGAAAAGGAUACGGCACCAAGAAAAUGGUGGAAGGAAACUUUGAAGCAGGCCAAAAGUGUCUCAUGAUAGAGGACGUCAUUGUGUCUGGCAGCUCAGUGUAUGAGACAGUUGAGACCCUACAAGAAUUACAGUUGAGUGUACAAGAUGCCGUGGUGUUCCUGGACCGUCAGCAUGGUGCUACAGCAAAUCUCUCGGCAAUGGGCAUCAAUGUUGUUUCUGUUGUUACAAUGACUGAGAUGAUGGCAAUUCUUCUGAAACAUGGACUGGUUGACCACACAACACACGAGUCAGUCUUGGAAUUCAUCAGUUCUCAUCAGGACACUUCCAUUGUAACCAAGGAGAAGUCUUCUAGUAAAGAAGGAAUACAGGUAAUGGACCGCAAGAAACGUUCAUUUAAGUCUCGCAUUGCAACCACCAAUCAACCUUUGGCUCGCAAACUGUUUGAGAUCAUGUCCAUCAAAAAGACAAACUUGUGCGUGGCUGCAGAUGUUACCACUUCAAAGGAAUUGCUUUCUUUAACUGAAAAGGUUGGACCACAUAUUUGUGUUUUGAAGACUCACAUAGACAUAUUGGCAGACUUCAGCCAAGACACUGUUGCUGCAUUGAAGGACCUUGCUGUCAAACACAACUUUUUGAUCUUUGAAGACAGAAAAUUUGGUGACAUUGGGAGUACAGUAGCCAGCCAGUACUCAGGUGGGGCGUACAAGAUUGUAGACUGGGCGGACCUGGUAACUGUUCAUGGUUUGCCUGGUGAUGGAGUUAUUAAAGGUCUGGCAUCUGCAGUCAAUGGACGUACCCGAGGCUGUGUUUUGGUCUCGCAGAUGAGUUCCUCAGGGACCCUAACAUCAGAGGAAUACAUCAAGAGUUGUGGAAAGAUGGCUGAGAAUCACACUUCCUUUGUUGUGGGGUUUGUGUCACAGAGCAGCAUCAGUGGGGACCCUCGGUUUAUUGUAUUUACUCCUGGGGUACAGCUGAACAAAACUACAGAUGGACUUGGACAGCAGUAUGUGACGCCUCGGGCAGCUGUGUUUGAACGAGGUGCAGAUGUUAUUAUUGUUGGGCGUGGGAUCACACAAGCCAGUGAUCCAGUUGCUGCGGCCAAGAAGUAUCGAGAGGAAGCAUUUCUUGCUUAUGAGGAACGUGUAUCAAUUCAGUAAAAACAACUUUUUGA